AGGAAGUCUAGGUAACUACAUAAGUAGAAUGAUUCCGUGUCUCCCGCUCGUAGUUGUGUUCCUCUGGAAAAACGAAAAUAAAAGGAGAGCUUAAACAAAAUAAGCAUAAAAAGCUUGAUCCGAUCAUCCCUAAGUAAGGCUGCUGCCCCUGAUACUGAUUGACAAUCAAUCAUCAAGCCAUCACCUUGCUAUUAUUUGUUUGUGUUUCUAAGUAGAUGUAGAAAAAAACCAUCUAUUAACAAACCACUGUUACUCGACUCCUGCCUUGAUAUUGAUUUCUUCACAGUCCCACACUAGAGAAAGAUGGCAUUCCUCUACCACGACUUUGGUCCUGCUUACAAGCAAGGAGAGUUGCUCCCUUGCCAAAAGGUUAUUACGGAUGUGCAUAGACAGCCUCGAUCUGGUUUCCAGCCAGAUGAUGAAAUCCGCAAAAACCGCUCAAGAUUCGCCGGUGCAGAUGCACCACCAGGGCUGGAAAGAGUCACUGGGCCAGUGGAGCAUGCGCAGAGAGGGAUGUUGCCGAAGAGAUAUAAUGAGAGAUUUGGUACAUAGAUUUUUUUUUUUUGGUAAGUAGGUAAUUUUGGACAUUUCAUCGGGCUAGUUGUCACCAUCUUAGCAUUCCAGCACACUCUUUUUCUGUUUUUUUUAACUUGGAAUGGUCAACAACAUGAGCAUCAUGUUAUGAUUUGCUUGUCGUGGUUCUUCCUCUAACUACACUAACGCUGGCAUCUUCGACACAACAGGUGAAAACACCGAAACCGGCAUCCGCGCCCCCAUUCAACGACCUUCUCCUGGCAAAAUUCCUAGGAGUCCAGUGACAGUUUGGGGUCCUGAGAUUGUGGAGCUUCUGGGCCGUCAGCCAGCUGGCAUGGUUUCGCACGAACUAGACAAGGUUUCAGCCAAAAGUGGUGCAGGAACUUUGGGAUAUUACGACAUUUUGGACAGAAAUACAGCACAAUACGAGAUGCUGAACACAACUGGAGGUGGACGAUCACCGCGAAUGGGAAUGCAGCACCAUGAGGGUAUUCACGCAGCAGACGAUAAGAACUACACCACAGCUACUAGUUCCGGAGUGGGAGGAGGUGUUCAACAGCACCCAGGUGACAUCAUCAACCAAGGCAAAGGUCACUACUUCGAAGUUGGUGAAACUCAGCGCAGCUAUCUCGCUCGCCAAUUGCAGAACAUGCAAUUGGACCAAGGUCGCGUCUUUGCGCCAGUGACGACGCGCAAUGAGCGUCAUGGGGGAUUGUUGGAGAACACGGCAAAUCAAGAUGCCAAUAGCAAGAAAAACAUGCCAACUUUGUUGCACACCAAUGUGCCAGAUUGCUACAAACCAGAGCCGCCGUUGAGCAUUAAACCGGAACACGAGCUUUACACCUACCAAAACGAAACUUUCGGACCGGACAGGAAGUUGUUGCGCUACAAUCGCUGCGACACGGGAGAUCCAUUUUUGACGCGGUAUGUACCGAAGGUUUCGAAUUACACGGAGAAACCGAAUGAACGGACCCUGACGUAUGUCAUUCCUGAGGGAAAGACGGCGAGUGCAAUAGCUGAUCGAGCAGCUGGCAAUGCUCCUAGCAACAUGACGACUCCCCGCAUGAAUCCGAAUCAGCAUCAGGGAAACAACGGAAAUCACAAUCAGCACGUUACUUUUUCCCCAGAAGCCAUGUGGUCCAUGCCCUCCAUUGCUGAGCAGGAGCAAGGUGCUAGCAAAACCACCGUCAAGCGACAUUAUUCCCCGAAUCGUGGUGCCGUGAUGGUCGAUGAACAAUCCCGACGAAAAUACGAGGACACAAAAUUGAGUCGCGACAACUCACCUCAUAGAUCACGUCUUUAUCCAGGCUUCGGUCCUGCCGACCACAGUCCAGUCGUCAACGCGCGCAAGGAUAAGAGUAGGAGUCACCCAGUGCAUAUGCCAGGCAAUCCAACCAGGGCUUUGAUUCCAAAAGCCAGAUACCAUGAUCCAGCGUUGGCUUCUCCGAGAGCACAACAACUAGAACUACAGGCGGAACAAAAUGGUAAUGGACGCAUGAUGUACACGGCAGAUGAGUUGGAGGCAGCUCGCUAUCACAUGGGAUAUGAGGAAGAAACGAAGGAAUACAACUAUGGAUCGAGGUCGGCUCGAGGUGGUGGCGGUGCUCAAGCUCAACAACCAGCUGCAGGUCGACCAUCCGCAGUGUUGAAAGGUGCAGGACAUGGUCUUGUGUCAGCACCUUAUGCAACCCAACCUCCGCAGCAACCGACUCCAACUACAGAUGCAGCUGUUUCGCCCGCUUAUCAUCAAAACAACGCCUCUACUAGUAACAGAGCCCCAACUUCUGCUCGAAACGUCUUCCUAGACAAUCAGGACCUCUCUUUCGCAGAGGCUGGAGAACUUCUAGCGCAUUCUGCGCGGUCGCCGCACUCACCACGUUAUGGUGGGGACACUUCUCUCGGCGAUUUCGUCUCGAAUGGACGCGGCAAGCGCUCAAUUCCUGGGAUGAACGCUUAUUUGGACAGAGAAGCUCAAGCUAGUAGAGCAUCGCCAAGUAGAGGUGCUGGACGUAGUGCAGCUGGUUGUAAAAAUGCACAAGAACAACAGAGCGGUCAUCAUCGUCUCCAAGAAGAAUUCCUGCUUCAAAACAACACGCGAGAGGACUACUUUGGUCCAAAGCAACGGGCUGAUGGCCCUAAAACAUCACCUAAAACAUCAGCAAGACACCCAGUCGAUGGCUUCCCUGCAGAUCCUCAGAGGGGAGAGCGCAGUGGCUUCAGUCCGUCCAGGAAGGAAGCAGUGGACCGAUUGAGACUCGACAAGGGCUACUAUGAAUAUGGACCGAAAGUCAAUCAUAGAAUGCUCUUGGCGCACGAGUGUGAGCCGACACCGAUCGUAAUGCCGAGAGACAGCGGAUUCAGACAGGGGAGGUUUAUCUAG